AUGAAGUUUCCAAGAUGAGGAAGUAGAUCUUGCCAAGAAGAGUCUCAGCAUUAUUUGAUUGGCAAGAAGAUUUAUGUAUGUUAUGCUCAUAAGGCUACAAAAUAUUCUGCUGAUGACUCUAUUCAGCUGGUCCCUCCAGGUCCAACUAAGUUACUACUAAAGGUGAUAGAUCAAUGUAGGAAGGAGUUACUAGUAUCUCCACAAAGCCAUGGAUAUCUUGCUCCUGAGAGUGAAUACAAUGGAUUCGACUCCACCAUCAAAGAGGCAAUUAGCCAUAUUAUGUCAAGCCUCAAUGAUGCCAUUAGCACCAAUCAAUUCUUCAAGCUCGUAGCCUUGUUGCAAGAAGCCAAAAAUCUUGAAGACUUCGUCAUGAAAGACCAAUUGUUCAUUAAGCACUCUGUAGUCAAGAGCUGGAAAAAAGCAUUGGCAGUUAUCGAAGGUACUACUGAAAAGAGUGCAGCUCUCGUUGCUAAAGAACUCAGAGAAGAGUAUGACAGAUUGCUUGAAAGAACUGCUAGUAAGCUCAAGCAACAAAGGGACCGUAUCCUAGAAGAAAUAGGGAGAACUGAGACGGAGCUUUCUAUAAAAAAGACAAAGAUCAAAGAACUGAAGGAUGAAUUUAAAGAACAGGAGGAAUCGAAUAGGCAAGAUAUGAAGGAACAAAAAGAGGGAUAUGAAGAGAAGAUAAGAUAUCUCAUAAGCAUCCAAGAUGAGAUAGAACAAAGCAAGAUGAUACUAAUUGAUGAAGCAAAGGAAAAGGAUUUAAAAAUAUCUGAGCUUAAAAAGGAUAUUGAAAGUAAAAAUGAAGAGCUCGAAGAGUCUCAUGAAAACAUCAAGCAAUUAAAUCAAAAAGUGGAGACUAGCGUUGACCAAGAAAGGGUCCUUAGAGAAAGGAUUAAGGAACUUGUAGCUGGGUUUAUAGUAGAGAAGAAGAGAAUUGGAGAAGAGAGGGAUGGGGAGAUGCAGAAGUUGAGGAAUUAUUAUGAGGUUAAGAGUAAGGAGAGUUGUGAGGAAAGUGAUAGAGAGCAGCAGGAGAAAUUGGAAAAGAAUGAUAUAAUUGAGGAAUUGGAGAAGAAGGUUUUGAAUAUUGCUAAAGAGCGAGAUAAGGAAAGAGCUGAGCACCAAACACUGAAGCAAGCUCAUGCUGAUCUUCAAAAGGAGAAACAAAGAAUCCUCCAAAGACACUCUGAAGAGCAAAUAAAUAUUUAGAGAAGAAAUCAGAAGGCUAAAGAGAGAUCAUCAAAAUAAACUCAGGAACAAAAAUACAAACUCUAAACGAAAGAUUAAGAAGGUUGAGGAAUUCCAUGAAAAUCAACUAUAUGAUGAACAACAACGUUUACAGGAAGAGAUAGAUACUUUGGAGAUGGAAAAUGAAGUUCUUGAAGAAAAGAGAGAGGAACAAAAUGCCAAGAUUAAAGAUCUAGAGAAAGAAACUAAAAAAGCACAAAGGAGUCUAAAUCUUGCUCUUCAAGAAAAUAAGCUUCUUGAACAACUCACUCCUUUUACGACCUACACACAAAAAGACUUUGAUACCCUCUGAAGGUCUAUUGACCAGCAUUUUCUCAAAGGUUUCUAUGGGUGGGAUGGUGAUAUUAAAUAUAAAGAAGGAAAUACCUCCUUCGAACUUUGACUAAACAGGACCGUGGACUUGGAAUUGAUUAAAAAUGUUAAGAAAAGAAUUCCUAACUUUAAAGACUUUUCUAUUGACUCCUAUCUAGAAGAAUACUCUGAAUGCAUCAACAACUUUGCUAAGAAUUACUUCCCGAAUAAAGUUCAAACCUUUUCAUUUUAUCCGGACAUUUUUUUUAGUGAUAAAUCUAUCCAUCAUUACAUGGCAGGAUUAAUAGCAAUGGCACCAAGAGUUCAGAAGAAGCUAUCAAUCACUAAAUUUAGAAUCGGCCAACGUGACCUAAUCGAUCUUCUUUCUAAUUUCAAGCAUGUUGAAUGAUUUAGAUUAAAUAUGUGUGAAAUAAAUCUGUCCUCUGUGCCAUUCCUCAAUUAUGCUCUCGAGAAUACUCAGAUUCAAAAAUUGCAACUAAUAUAUGACUUUUACAGGGAGGAUGAUACCUCUAAUUUCAAAAUUUUAAUUCGAGGCCUCUCCCAAAGCGAAGACUUCAGAGAAAGUCUAGAAGAGAUUUCAGUAGAAGCCUUAGAGUUAACUGAAGAAGAGAUCUCUUAUAUUUUAGAGGAAAAUGGAUUUGAAAAUGUCAAAAUUGAAGUGCUUGUUUGGUAAUUUUGGAAAAUAUUAUUAAGCUUGUUUCAAUA